UAUAUCUGCGGAGUAUUAAAGCUCACAAGUUGCAAGGAUAUCUUCCCUGGGGCUUCGAUGAUCGUACCAUUGCUGGACAACUUGUUUCGGCGUUUUGACCGUCUAUUGGGAGGCAUUUCCGAGACUCAGAAUCAGAGCGCCGUUACUUCUAAGUACGAUGUGGAAUAUGAGAACAGAAACGAUCCCCCACAUCGCCAGUUCAUCAGGAGUAUAAGAGCCCGUUUGCUUCAUACUUACCAAGCAAAUGAACCUGUGAGCAAGGCACUAACUUUGGCCACAGUCUUCGAUCCGAGGUGGGACUGCAGAUAUAGCAAGGAUGCCGAUCUGGUUUACCAAUACCUCCUUGAAAUGCAUCCCUACAUCGGGCGUUGUGGGACGCCGAAGAUCCACUCGAUUUAUUCCGAACUGGAUCGCUAUAUGCGCGAGCCACUGUUAGCCGUUGAUCAGAACCCAUUGGAAUGGUGGGCGAACAAAGCAAACACCUUCCCCAAAUUGACUGAAUUUGCCCGAACCUAUUUGCUUUUCCCGAUGAGUACACUUUUACGGCCGUCAGACGCUUCUGUUCGUCACAGUUCGUCAACAGUAUCCCCCUUGCCCACAUCAUCCCGCACAACAAACCCACACGCGUGGCUGGAUGAAUUGGUUCAGGAAUACGAGAAGCUCGAUGUCUCGGAGGUGUUCGCAGCACUUGUACAGACCAACAGAAACAUGCCACGUUCGUUGUCCAUAUUGUCAGAUGACGUGUCAGAUUAUUGUUUCUUGUGGUACAACUGGGCCCGUACAUAUGUC